UUGCGCGAUCAGCAAGAUCCUUUAUUGUUCCUGGAGGAAAUUCUUUUCGAAAGAUAUCGCUUUAGCCGAGGGGGAAUAUUGUACCUCAAAGAUUUAUUAGCACCUUAUAUUCGAAGUCAAACUCGGCGAAGUCGGGCUCUCACAACCACACAGACAGUAUGUUUUUUAUAUACUGUAGGCGAUGCGGAAAAUCUAACUAAAAGUGCAAUUUGCCAGGCAAUUCGUAAAGUCUGUUUGGCUGUGAAAUAUUUCCUUCGGGUUUUCAUAGUGUUUCCUGGACACCUGCGUCCACUGUAUUUUAGAGAAAAGUUUUAUUCAAUGUCCGGUUUUCCAAAUGUCAUCGGAGCGGUCGACUGCACACACAUUGCUAUAAAGGCACCUUCACAGAAUGAAUUUGUUUAUGUAAAUAGAAAGCAUUUUCAUUCAAUUAAUGUGCAAAUCAUCAGUGAUGCGAAAAUGUGCCUCACUAAUGUUGUUGCGAAAUGGCCUGGCUCAAUUCAUGAU